CACGUAAACAACACGUUGAGUACACGUUAAAUACACGAUGAGUACGUGUGAAAUACACAUUGUUGACGUGUACUUAACGUGUUAGAAUACACGUAUAUUUGACCCACUUGGCUUUCCAUAUUAAUCUGACGCUUCAAAAGGACGACUACACAUCGGGACUACAUUCCCCUUAAAUCCAACACGCUUGACGCAUUUCCUCUCUUCCCCAGCUUUAGAAAUCGGCUGGGCUCGGUUAAUUCCGUAAAUCGAGAAGGGAUUUACUCUAAAGAGGCAGGACGAGACCUUAGUUUACUGUGCAUCGAGGGGUUUGCGAGCUUGCAAUGAAACUGCGGUAAACAAACUCACUGAUGUGAAGACCUGCUGUGCUUCAGAAGUGUGUACACCUCAGAAUUACGGUACGGAUUGGUUGUAAUACUGAAGUUGGCAGGAUGGUGGCGCUGUCUCUGAAGAUCUGCAUGAGACACUGUAAUGUGGUGAAGACUAUGCAGUUUGAGCCGUCAACGGCUGUGUACGACGCAUGCAGGGUCAUCCGAGACAGGGUUCUGGAAGCCCAGACAGGACAAGCAUCAGAAUAUGGGCUGUUUCUAUCAGAUGAAGACCCCAGAAAGGGCAUCUGGCUGGAGAGUGGCCGGACGCUGGAUUAUUACAUGCUGAGAAAUGGGGACGUACUGGAGUAUAAGAAAAAACAAAGACCUCAAAAGAUAAAAAUGCUGGACGGGGCAGUUAAAACUAUCAUGGUGGAUGAUUCCAAAACUGUGGGAGAGCUGCUUGUCACUAUCUGCAGUAGAAUAGGAAUCACAAAUUAUGAAGAGUACUCUCUCAUUCAAGAGGGGGCCGAGGAGAAGAAAGAUGAUGGAACGGGCACACUGAAGAAAGACAGAACUCUACUGAGGGAGGAGAGGAAGAUGGAGAAGCUCAAAGCUAAACUUCACACAGAUGAUGAAUUGAAUUGGUUAGAUCAUGGGCGUACGUUCAGAGAGCAGGGGGUUGAGGAGAGCGAAACUUUACUGUUGAGGCGAAAGUUAUUUUACUCUGAUCAAAACGUCGACUCUCGUGAUCCCGUUCAGCUCAAUCUACUCUAUGUACAGGCACGUGAUGACAUCUUGAAUGGUUCACAUCCGGUGUCGUUCGACAAGGCUUGUGAAUUUGGUGGCAUUCAAGCACAGAUUCAGUUCGGGCCUCACAUGGAACAUAAACACAAGACUGGAUUUCUAGACUUGAAAGAGUUUCUGCCUAAAGAGUACAUCAAACAAAGAGGUGCAGAGAAGACAAUUUUUCAGGAACAUAAGGCUUUUGGUGAAAUGACAGAGAUUGAAGCCAAAGUGAAGUAUGUGAAGCUUGCGAGAUCCCUCAGAACAUAUGGAGUGUCCUUUUUCUUAGUGAAGGAGAAGAUGAAAAGUAAGAACAAACUGGUCCCAAGGCUCUUGGGUAUAACCAAAGAAUCAGUGAUGCGAGUGGAUGAGAAAACCAAAGACGUGGUUCAGGAAUGGCCGCUUACUACAGUGAAGAGAUGGGCUGCUUCACCCAAGAGCUUUACACUGGAUUUCGGGGAGUAUCAGGAGAGCUAUUAUUCCCUUCAGACCACUGAGGGCGAGCAGAUAUCUCAACUUAUAGCUGGUUACAUCGACAUUAUUCUUAAGAAGAAACAAAGCAAAGACCGUUUUGGCUUGGAGGGAGAUGAGGAGGCCACCAUGUUAGAGGAGUCCGUUUCUCCAAAAAAGUCCACUGUAUUGCAGCAGCAGUUUAACAGUGUUGGAAGGGCGGAGCAUGGUUCAGUGGCACUGCCUGGGAUCUUAAGGUCAGGUUCUGUGGGUCCAGAAACGCUGAACAUGGGUAUCAUGCCAUCUCCACAGCAACAGAUCACUACCGGACAGAUGCAUCUUGGACAUAUGCCACCGCUGAGUGCAGCACAACAGGCCCUUGUUGGCACCAUUAACACCAGUAUGCAGGCGGUACAGCAGGCUCAGACUGACCUGGAGGAUGUAGAAGAGCUGCCACCACUCGGAGAUGAUAUGGCUUCUAAAAUGUGGAUUCAGAACAAGGUGGACGAGUCCAAGCAUGACAUUCACUCUCAGGUCGAUGCCAUCACAGCUGGAACUGCCUCUGUGGUCAAUCUCACUGCUGGUGACCCGACAGACACAGAUUACACCGCGGUAGGCUGUGCCAUCACCACAAUCUCCUCUAAUCUGACGGAGAUGUCAAAGGGUGUAAAACUGCUGGCUGCUCUGAUGGAGGAUGAUGUGGGCAGUGGUCAGGACCUGAUGAGAGCUGCCAGGACUCUCACUGGAGCUGUAUCUGACCUGCUCAAAACUGUGGAGCCAACUUCAGGAGAGCCUCGACAGACGGUUCUGACUGCAGCUGGUAGUAUCGGUCAAGCCAGUGGAGAUCUUCUCAGGCAGAUUGGAGAGAAUGAAACAGACGAGCGUUUCCAGGAUGUGCUGAUGAACUUGGCUAAAGCUGUGGCUAAUGCAGCUGCCAUGAUGGUUCUGAAGGCCAAGAACGUAGCUCAGGUUUCUGAAGACGUUGUCCUGCAGAACAGAGUUAUUGCAGCUGCAACUCAAUGUGCCCUCUCCACUUCACAACUAGUUGCCUGUGCCAAGGUUGUGAGCCCCACUAUCAGCUCACCGGUGUGUCAGGAGCAACUGAUUGAGGCUGGAAAACUGGUGGAUCGCUCAGUGGAAGGUUGUGUGAAAGCUUGUCUGUCAGCUACCAGUGAUGGGGAACUACUGAAGGCGGUCAACGCAGCGGCCGGGAUCGUCACGCAGGCUCUCAGUGACCUCCUGACGCACGUGAGGAACUAUGCUUCACGCGGCGAGCCUAUUGGCCGUUACGACCAGGCCACUGACACCAUCAUGACCGUCACAGAGAGUAUUUUCUGCUCCAUGGGUGAUGCUGGUGAGAUGGUCCGGCAAGCACGGGUUCUCGCCCAGGCGACCUCUGACCUGGUGAAUGCGAUGAGGUCAGAUGCUGAGGUGGAGGCGGAUAUCAACAAUUCUAAAAAGCUUCUCGCUGCUGCCAAACUGCUCGCAGAUGCCACUGCUCGAAUGGUCGAAGCUGCAAAGGGAGCUGCAGCGUACCCUGAGAAUGAAGACCAGCAGCAGAAGCUGCGAGAAGCUGCAGAAGGUCUGCGUGUGGCCACCAAUGCAGCUGCCCAGAACGCUAUCAAGAAGAAACUCAUAACAAAACUGGAGAACGCCGCUAAACAAGCCGCUGCCGCUGCCACUCAAACCAUCGCCGCAUCCCAGAAUGCCGCAGCUUCUAACAAAAACACUGCAGCCCACCAACAACUCGUGCAGAGCUGCAAGGCCGUAGCUGACCAUAUCCCUCAGCUGGUUCAGGGAGUGAGGGGCAGUCAAGGGCAGCCGGAGGAUGAAAGUGCCCAGCUUGCCCUCAUCAUUGCCAGUCAGAACUUCCUUCAGCCUGGUAGUAAGAUGGUAUCCUCGGCCAAGUCGUCUGUACCCACCGUGACCGACCAGGCGGCAGCCAUGCAGCUGGGGCAGUGUGCCAAGAACCUGGCCACCAGUUUAGCCGAGCUCCGCACGGCUGCACAGAAGGCUCACGAGGCAUGUGGCCCUAUGGAGAUAGACUCUGCUCUCAUAGCAGUACAGACCCUCGGGAAUGAGCUACAGGAUGCUAAAAUGGCUGCUUCUGAGGGACAACUAAAACCUUUACCUGGAGAAUCCUUGGAUAAAUGCACUCAGGACCUUGGUGGUACUUCAAAGGCUGUUGGUUCCUCCGCGGCCCAGCUGCUCACCUGUGCUGCACAGGGGAAAGAGCAUUACACAGGUGUUGCUGCGAGUGAAACUGCCCAGACUCUCAAGACUUUAGCACAAGCUGCGAGGGGUGUUGCCGCCACCACAUCUGACCCUGCUGGAGCUGUGGCCAUGCUGGAUUCUGCACGGGAGGUAAUGGAAUGGUCGGCCAAAUUGAUUUACGAAGCCAAACAGGCGCUGGUUGCCCCAGGGGAUGCAGAACUGCAGCAGGGGCUAGCACAGGUAGCAAAAGCAGUGUCUCACUCACUGAACGCUUGUGUAAACUGUCUGCCUGGCCAGAAGGAUGUUGAUAUGGCUCUGAAAAGCAUAGGAGAGGCCAGCAAAAAACUUCUGGUAGAGACGCUUCCUCCCUGCAGUAAAACCUUCCAGGAGGCUCAGAGUGACCUCAACCAGACGGCAGCAGAUCUAAACCAGUCUGCUGGUGAUGUGGUCCAUGCUUCUAGAGGUACCACCAUCCAGCUUUCAGAUGCUUCUGGAAAGUUCAGUGAGGACUUCGAUGAGUUUCUUGAUGCUGGCAUUGAGAUGGCUGGCCACACUCAGAGUAAGGAUGAUCAGAUACAGGUGAUUGGGAAUCUAAAAAACAUCUCGAUGGCCUCCAGUAAGCUGCUGUUGGCUGCAAAGUCUUUAUCUGUGGAUCCUGCAGCAGGGAAUGCAAAGAACCUACUCGCUGCUGCUGCCAGGUCUGUGACUGAUAGCAUCAACCAGUUGAUUACUAUGUGUACCCAGAAUGCACCAGCACAGAGAGAAUGUGACAAUGCGCUGAGAGAGCUUGAGGCUGUUAGGGGGCUGCUGGAUAACCCCAAUGAGCCAGUCAAUGAUCUCUCGUACUUCGACUGCAUUGAAAGUGUCAUGGAGAACUCUAAGGUCCUCGGUGAGUCUAUGGCUGGGAUCUCUCAUAACUGCAAGACCGGCGAUGUUCCGGCAUUUGGAGAAUGUGUUGCUGGAGCCUCAAAGGCUCUGUGUGGACUGACUGAAGCAGCUGGGCAGGCCUCUUACCUAGUGGGUGUGUCUGAUCCCAACAGCCAAGCAGGACAUCCAGGUUUAGUGGAUCCAAUCCAGUUUGCUCGAGCUAAUCAGGCCAUCCAAAUGGCCUGUCAAAAUCUUGUUGACCCUGGCAGUAGUCCUUCACAGGUACUUUCUGCUGCCACCAUUGUUGCCAAACACACCUCAUCGUUGUGUAACGCUUGCCGACUCGCCUCCUCUAAGACCGCUAACCCUGUAGCGAAACGCCACUUUGUGCAGUCAGCCAAAGAAGUGGCCAACAACACAGCCAACCUGGUCAAAACCAUCAAGGCUUUGGAUGGAGAUUUCUCUGAGGAUAAUCGCGAGAAGUGUCGUGUUGCGACCGCACCGCUCAUCGAGGCUGUUAACAAUCUGACCACGUUUGCAUCCAAUCCCGAGUUUGCUAGUGUGCCUGCACAGAUAAGUAGAGAGGGUUCUGCUGCACAGGAGCCAAUCAUCCAAUCAGCACGCUCCAUGCUUGACAGCUCCACACACCUUUUGAAGACUGCACGGUCCUUAGUUAUGAACCCUAAAGAUCCACCCACGUGGUCAUUGCUGGCGAGCCAUUCACGCACAGUUUCAGACUCUAUAAAGAGCCUCAUCACUUCUAUCAGGGAUAAAGCUCCUGGCCAGAAAGAAUGUGACGUUGCCAUUGACAAUAUAAAUAAAUGCAUCAGAGAUAUUGAGCAAGCCUCUCUUGCAGCUGUUAGCCAAUAUCUUCCUCGUAGGGAUGAAAUUUCAUCUGAGGCUUUGCAGGAGCAGUUAACAUCAUCAGUUCAGGAGGUGGGUUACCUGAUUAAGCCCAUCUCUACCGCAGCAAAAGGAGAAGCAGCACAGCUGGGACAUAAGGUCUCUCAGUUGGUCAGUUACUUUACUCCUCUGAUCUCUGCCUCAAUGGGCAUGGCCUCCAAAAUUUUGGAUCAUCAGCAGCAGAUGAACCUUCUGGAUCAGACCAAGACGCUCGCAGAGUCUGCUCUACAAAUGCUGUAUGCUGCAAAGGAAGGUGGUGGAAAUCCAAAGGCAACUCAUACUCAUGAUGCCAUAGCAGAAGCUGCCCAGCUCAUGAGGGAAGCUGUUGAUGAUCUCAUGUUGACCUUGAAUGAAGCUGCCAGUGAGGUUGGCCUGGUCAGUGGCAUGGUGGACUUGAUCGCUGAUGCUAUGGGCAAGUUGGCUGAAGGUACCCCACCAGAACCGGAAGGUGCCUUUGUGGAGUACCAGACCACCAUGGUGAAAUAUUCCAAAGCUAUUGCUGUCAGCUCACAAGAGAUGAUCACAAAAUCCAUGAGUGCUCCAGAGGAGUUGGGCGGUCUAGCCUCUCAGGUCACAGCUGACUACAAUCAGCUGGCUAUACAGGGACGUCUAGCUGCUGCUACUGCUGAGCCUGAGGAGAUUGGGGUCCAGAUAAAGACACGUGUGCAGGAGUUGGGGAACAGCUGCAUUGUUCUCGUCCAGAAGGCUGGAGCGCUGCAGAUCACUCCAUCUGACUCGUUCACAAGGAGAGAGCUCAUAGAGUGUGCACGAGCCGUGACUGAGAAGGUGUCUAUGGUACUCUCAGCAUUGCAAGCGGGUAAUAGGGGCACUCAAGCGUGUAUCACUGCAGCCAGUGCAGUUUCAGGCAUAAUCGCUGACCUGGACACCACCAUCAUGUUUGCUUCUGCUGGUACACUAAACGCUGAGAAUGAUUCAGACUCCUUUGCUGACCACAGGGAGAAUAUUUUGAAGACGGCUAAAGCUCUGGUGGAGGACACCAAGAACCUUGUUUCAGGGGCAGCAUCAAGUCAGGAGAAGCUGGCCCAGGCUGCCCAGUCCUCUGCCAAGACUAUCACACAGCUUACAGACGUGGUGAAACUGGGAGCAGCAAGCAUAGGUCCAGAUGACCCAGAAACACAGGUUGUGCUGAUCAACGCUGUGAAAGAUGUUGCUAAAGCGUUGGCUGAGCUCAUCAGCGCCACCAAGUGUGCAGCGGGGAAAGCAGCGGACGACCCCUCCAUGUUCCACCUCAAGAGUGCAGCCAAGGUUAUGGUAACUAAUGUGACGUCUUUACUGAAAACGGUGAAGGCGGUGGAGGAUGAAGCUUCAAGAGGAACCAGAGCUUUGGAGGCCACUAUUGAGUGUAUCAAACAGGAAUUUACAUUGUUCCAGUCUAAAGAAGCCCCAGAGAAGUCAACCAGUCCAGAAGAGUUCAUACGCAUGACCAAGGGCAUCACCACGGCAACCGCCAAAGCUGUCGCGGCUGGGAACUCUGCCAGACAGGAGGAUGUCAUCUCCACUGCUAACCUCAGCCGUAAGGUCAUAGCAGAUAUGCUGACCACAUGCAAGCAAGCAGCAUAUCAUGAAGAAGUCAGUGAAGACGUGAGGAGCAGAGCUCUGCUCUAUGGGACUGAAUGUACUAAAGGUUACAUAGAACUUCUAGAGCAUGUUCUACAGGUCUUACAGAAGCCAACAGGUGAGCAGAAACAGAAGCUUGUGAUAUUCUCUAAACGGGUCGCUGCGGCCGUCACUGAACUGAUUCAAACAGCUGAGGCCAUGAAAGGCACAGAGUGGGUGGACCCUGAAGAUCCCACAGUGAUUGCAGAAACGGAGCUAUUGGGAGCUGCGGCCUCGAUUGAAGCAGCGGCUAAGAAACUUGAGCAGCUCAAACCAAGAGCCAAACCAAAGCAAGCCGAUGAGAGUUUGGACUUUGAAGAGCAGAUUCUUGAAGCAGCCAAAUCCAUCGCCGCCGCGACCAGCGCCCUAGUGAAAUCAGCAUCAGCAGCUCAGAGAGAACUGGUAGCCCAGGGCAAGGUGGGAGCUAUCCCUGCAAACGCUGUAGAUGAUGGUCAGUGGUCUCAAGGAUUGAUCUCAGCUGCCCGGAGGGUUGCUGCCGCCACCAGUAACCUCUGUGAGGCGGCGAACGCGUCUGUUCAAGGCCACGCCAGUGAAGAGAAGCUCAUCUCCUCUGCCAAACAAGUGGCUGCUUCCACUGCACAACUGCUGGUGGCUUGCAAGGUCAAAGCUGAUCAGGAUUCAGAGGCCAUGAGGAGGUUACAGGCUGCAGGCAAUGCCGUGAAACGUGCCUCUGACAAUCUGGUUAGAGCUGCCCAGAAAGCUGCUUUCAACAAGGCCGAUGAUGAUAAUGUGGUGGUCAAGACCCGGUUUGUUGGAGGAAUUGCUCAGAUUAUUGCUGCUCAGGAGGAGAUGUUGAGGAAGGAGAGGGAGCUCGAGGAGGCCCGGAAGAAGCUGGCACAGAUCAGACAACAGCAAUACAAGUUCCUCCCAAGUGAACUCCGAGAAGACGAUUAAUAAACAUAAUUCAACAUUUAACACCUCCACCUGUUAAUGAGAAGUUGUCUGCCAUGAUGUUUGCCUGCAUAUGAAGACAUCCAUCAGAGUCCAUACAAUGCCUACGACCUAGAUUGUCAAUUUUGAAGUAUUUAUAUGGAAGACAUUUGAAAUGUCUCAUUUACAUUGAAGAUGUUUCCUCAUCAUGCAUCUAACAGAAAUAUAAAGACGUUUGGAUUUUUGGCCUGAAGUUUGUGCAUGAAGAUUUCAGAAACUGUUAGGAGACACAUUACUGCGACACAGCAGGGAUGACACGUUCGGAUUGGAGUGACAAGGUCCAUCUCAGUGAUUAAAAUAAAGACACUUUUUCAGACACUUUGUCUGCAGUGUUCAGUUUACUUCUUUUCUUAAAGAAGAGAAGCCAACAGCCUUUAACUCCAGUUGAAUGUUUAUCCUUUGUAAAUUUGAAAGGGUGAAAUACAUGUUAAUGCUUUGCUGUUGUUCCACUAAAGUAUACAAAUAAAAGAUAUUUAUGUAGACAAA